UACAGAGAGAGUGGUAUCGAGUCCAGAGCUCUGAAGGAGAACCACGAGACCUGAGGAAAGAUCCACAAUACUCAGGACGAGUGUCUGUAAGCACCUGGUGGUCUUCCUGUGAGCUGACAGUGAGGAAUGUGAGAGUGAGUGACUCUGGAGUUUAUAACUUCAGAUUUAAAACACAGAGCAGUGACUGGAUAGCAGCUUCAUCUGGAGUUCAUCUAACUGUUACAGAUCUGAAGGUUACAGUAUCAGACAUGUACAGCUGGAUCAAGAAGCUGAGCUCCAUCACCACCUGCACUCUGUCUAACAACCUCACUUACAUCUGGUACAAGAACGGACAGCGUGUUACUGACCAGGACAGAAAUGAUCUGUAUGUCAGUAGUGAGGAUGCAGGCAGCUACUCCUGUGCUGUAAGAGGACACGAGGAGCUUCGCUCUCCUGCUGUCUGUGUUUUUGAUGAGAAGAGCUGCUGGAGUGUGACAUACUCCACCCAGACUAUCUGCUCUCUGAUUGGCUCGUCAGUGGACAUACACAGUUAUUACACCUUCCCUAAUCGUUACAAGGUCACAGAAGUGUUCUGGUUCAUUAAAGAGCAGGCUGGUGCUGAAUCUGGGGAUGUGAGAGAUGAUGAGGAGUAUCAGGGCCGAGUGCAGUACACACAGAUCUCCCAGAAUAACUGUAGACUGAGAAUCACUAACCUGAGAGAGAGAGAUGCUCAAACAUACAGAUUCAGAUUCUACACUGAUGAUCCUACAGGCAAAUACACCAGUGAUCCUGGAGUCUCUCUGUCUGUCACAGAUCUGAAGGUUACAGUAUCAGACUGGAGUGAGCAGUACAUGAAUCUGAGCUGCAUCACCACCUGCACUCUGUCUAACAUCCCCACUUACAUCUGGUACAAGAACGGACAGCGUGUGUCUGAGUGUAAAUCUGCCUCCUGCUCUGUAGCUGCAGUUGGUGGUGCGGUCAGUUACAGCUGUGCUGUUGAAGGCCAUGACAGUCUCCUCUCUCCUCCAGUGUAUUCUCCUAAAAACACCAGAGCAGUGGUUCUUUCCUCUGGAGACAGCGUGGAGGGGGAUUCAGUGACUCUGAGCUGUAGCAGUGAUGCAAACCCUCCUGUUCUCACCUACUCCUGGUUUAAACAGAGAGCAGCUGCAGACACACUGCUGACAACAGGCCAGAAUUACAGCAUCAGCAACAUCAGCUCCCAGCACAGCGGACUGUACUACUGCACUGCUCACAACCAGCUGGGACAGCACAACUCUACACCAACACACCUGGAUGUGAUAGGUGAUGAGGAGAGCUCAGCGAAGGUGUGGAAGCUGCAUGCUGUAUGGGGAGCUGCUGCACUCGUUCCUGCUCUGCUUCUCUCUCUUCUUACUGCCGUUCUGUGCAUUAAGAGGAAGAGAGGAGCAGAGAGAGACACAGACAUUCAGAGUGUUCCAAAGCCUGGAGAUGACACAUACACAGCACUGAACCCCAUGAAUACAUCCCCGGAUUAUGACACUCUGCAAAAUGUUAAUUGCUCUGCCAGUGACACUUACACAACCCUGAACCCUGCAACCAUGUCCUCUGAUUAUGACACGCUGACGGGUGUGGCUACUCGACUCAGUGAGGAGAAGUACUCCAGAACUGGUGAAUGAGAACUAACGGUUGACUUUGGUUAGUAACGGCUCAGGAAGGAUGCUCAGGUGAAAAUCUGGUUAAUGAUGAUGAUAACUGAUAAUGAAGCAGGGAAUACCAACCUCCAUCAACAUGAAUUCUACUAUGUCGGAUCUGUUACUGUACAGUGCUUGAAAUGUUUCUACAUACAAGAAUAAAAUUGAGCUUAUGAGAUUUUAUGUCAUGUAUUAUUAUCUUUUAGAUUUAUAGAGUGUCUUCAAACAGCAGUGCAAACCUCUUUCCAUAAAAUAGAGAACAAUCCUGGUCAUUUGAAAAGUGUUAAUAUAAUAAAGUAGAAAGACAAAAUAAAUAAUGAAAAACAUAAUUUAUGGGCCUUAAAUAUAAAGGACAUGAAAUCAUCCGAAACAGAUUAUAUUCAAUCUUUAAUCACAACAUAAGCAAGAUUUUAAAAUAUAGAAGUUGUGUCAGUAAAGAUCAAAACACAUUGUGCAGAAAUCUAUUCAAUAUAAAACAAAUAUAUUAAAGUUGCACGAUACGGACACAAUAUCAUCUUAGAAUUAUAUUACUCUUGUGAUAUACCUUGCAGUGUAUUAA